UCUUUUUUCCGGUGCGAGGCGCACAGCACCAACUCUGCUCUUCCCUCUUCCCCCCAAGAUUGCAAUCUCAGGCGAAAUCUCCACAGACCUGAUGAGCUGUAGUCAGAACUGCCAGGCACGGCCCAUAAUUCCCCGAAUUCGGCCUCGGACUAAGCCCGAUCCAAUCUCUGGCAUUCCCCGCCCCGAGCGACUUUUAGGAAGAAGAAGGCAUACGCACCCACGGAAAAUUAUUCUUGCCGUCGAUAGAGAGCAUCUACCCUUAUCAGACAAGUGUGUUGGUUGGUGCGUUCUCAUCCAUCUGCCUGCAUGCUGCAGCCGACUAUUGGCGUCCUACUAGUAUCGUGCCGGUGGGCUGCCACCGUGGCAGGUCCCCUGUUUCUUGACUAACACCAGUCCACCUUGUCGCGGAGACUGGAGACUGGAGACUGGAGACUGGAGACGUGCAGAAUGAGGCGGGAUAAGGAACAAGACAAGAGAAAAAAUCACGCACGCAUGGCGGCAACGUACUCCGACGACUGCUUCAUUUACUUCGGGGAGAUGGAGGAGAAGAAUAACAACAACAACAACAACAACAACAACAACAACAACAACAACAACAACAACAACAACAACAACAACAGAUUGAACUGCCAGAAAUAGUCAUUAUCUUGAACUCUCCCUACUAGCAGGAUGAUACCCGUCAGCAGCUGCAGCAGUUCCGAGAUUCCCGUAGAUUUUCCGUCAGGGUAAAAAGCAUUGAGCUCGAUUGUUGGAUAGAUGGGGGAAGCUGGGGGAGAUGUCGCGUAGGUAGCUUGUCGGACUAGGCUAGUGGUCUGCCAGCUAUCUAUUCCAAGGAUCGAGUAGCUGCUGCGGUUAAAAUCCCUCCAGCGCUGUUGCUCGUUUUGCUCGGUUUCUCCAACAUUGGCAUUGGCUGCUGCUCAAACUGGGGACGGCUGGCCCGUUAAUUAUUGUCACGGUGGGUGUAGGAUGGAGCUCCCGAUGAACAGUAGGAGCUCCCGUCCGUGGGGGCAGUUUAUGGAGUCCAGUUACUGAGUCCUAGUCUACUGGAGUCUUUAGAACGUGAGCCCGCCUCUCGUCACUCGUGUGUCUCACCCUCC